CAUGUUACAUUGUCCACGUGUCAACUAACCAGCAACUUCUCUCCCAUUCGUGUGGAGAUCUUUUCGCUAAAUCUUACAUCGGUAUUUACAAAACACGUGUCCCACAGCUCGUGGCAAUAUCGUAAAUAAAUCCCACUUUCAGGGGCAAUGUUUUAGACAAAGCUUCAGUUUCUCUAAAACCCUAAUUUGCUUUGCUUAGAGAAACCCUCUUUCUUUUUCUCUCUGGCCGGCGAUGGCAUUGCUCAGCCGUAUGAGAGCGGCGGCGAAGCCACUUAUGCGGCGGCGUUACGGAUCAGCUGCGGCGGCUCAGCUAGCUGACUACGAUGAUUACGAUGAAUACGACGAAGAGUGUUGUGAGAAGAACAGGAGGUGUUUAAUGGAGGAAUCAGAGGGAUCGGUACCAACAAGAGGAGUACAGUGGGUGAUAAUGGGUGAUCCAAUGGCAAAGAGACACGUGUACGCUCAAUGGCUAGCGAAGCUUCUAGAUGUUCCUCAUAUUUCUAUGGGUUCACUCGUUCGUCAAGAGCUCCAUCCUCGUUCUACUCUAUACAAGCAGAUAGCAGAUGCUGUCAAUCAAGGAAAACUUGUCCCGGAGGAAGUUAUAUUUGGUUUGUUGUCAAAAAGGCUAGAAGAAGGAUAUUGCAGGGGUGAAAGUGGAUUCAUCUUGGAUGGAAUUCCUCGAUCAAAGAUUCAAGCCGAGAUUCUGGACAAAACUGUGGACAUAGAUUUAGUUCUGAAUCUUAAAUGUGCAGAGGAUUUGAUGUCAAAGAAAGAGAAAAGCCCCAGGCUUUAUCCUUCACUGGAAUUCCUCUGCAGGGGGACUUCUGGAAUUAAUACUAGUCGUCAGGCAGAGGGUAGUCAUUUUAGGCCUUCAAGUAUCAUGGAUGAUGUCUCGAGGAAGAACCUGCAUGUGCAUGCAGAGCAGGUCAAACCGCUAGAAGAAUACUACAGGAAACAGAGAAAGCUCCUCGAUUUUCAAGUAGCUGGAGGACCUGGCGAAACAUGGCAAGGCCUUUUGGCAGCUUUGCAUCUUCAGCACAGGAAUGCAGUUGGUUCUACACAGCUGACUGCAGGGUGCUGAUUUGAUUUUCUAACGAUCGUCAUUCUUUUUGCAAGCAUAAUAGGUAUAGGAAAUAUGAGUGUAACAAAUUCUUAAGUUUUGGGCGGGAAUACGUGUAAUUUCUCUCUCUCUAAGAGCUGAAUCUAUUGAUAUGUGAGCAUUAGACAAGUUUACAUUAUACAUUUAUGUGACUGCUUAUGUUGUUUGUAAAAACUUCAAAUCUAUGGAAUUGCUUCGUUUAUUA